AUGCAUGUUCUGUGGUCCAGACUUUGACACUGACAAGUUGAUAUUAUAGAGACAUCAUAACCUCAAAUAUCUCAUGCCGCGCGAGUUAAACUGAACAUUUGUAAACAAUAGUUUUACUUAUUUUUCUGUUACGUGUGAAUAAAAAUUUACGAAAAUGGCUGAACAAGUUAAUCAGCGUAUUGAGGGAAUGAUCAAUGAGUUGGAGCAGAUGCGAAGAACAGAUUUGUACGACGAUGAAGAAAUAAAAGAAAUUUCAAUAAAGCGUAAAGAGUUUGAAUAUCACAUACAGCGUCGAGUAAAACAAAAAGAAGAUUUUGUUCAAUACAUCGCUUAUGAGCUGGCUUUGCUAGAAGACAUUGCUCUAAGAAGGAAAAAGGCAAAUUUAACAGAAAAGAAGAAAGACAUAGAGUAUGCUAUUGCCAAGCGCCUGAAUAAAGUGUUCAAACAGUUCAUAUACAGGUUCCAAGAUGAUGUGGAAAUAUACUUUGAGUAUAUUAAGUUCUUGGACAGUGUCGGAUUUGAUUAUGCAAUCUCUGGGAUUAUUGGACAAAUGUUACAGAUACAUGGUGACAAACCAAAGGUCUGGCAAUUAGCUGCAAUAUGGGAGUCUAAACAACUGGACAACCUGGAAAAUGCCCGAAACUUUCUGCUAAAAGGAUUGCAGAGACACCCUGACUCAGAAGUGUUAUAUUUAGAACUCUUUGAUAUUGAACUUAUAAAUCUAGCAUUCAAUGCUGAUAGUAAAGAAGAAGAAGAAAAACUAGUGAAAAGAGCAGAUAUAGUAUGGAAAAAUGGAAUCAAAAACAUCCCCAAUGUGAAAUUCUUAUUUAAAAUAUUUAACUGUUGUCUGAAGUAUGAGAUCAAACAGCCUUUUGUGGAUGAAAUAAAGAAUGAGAUAUGGUCAAAAAGGGACUGCAAAGAAGUUUGGUCUUACAUAGCUUCGAAGGAGUUAGAUGGUUGUCAUUGGGAAGAAAUUGAGGAGUUUGUGGACGAUGAAAAUAACUUUCCGAAAGAAGUAAACUAUUUCAUUGCAGUUUAUGAAGAAGCCUUGCAGAAGUUUUCAGAUGCAAGUUUAUGCACAAAAUACAUACAUGAUUUGCUUGGAGUAAGUGAGAGUGUCUGUAAUGAUAAACAGAAGAUCAGUGCUGUAAAACAUGCGUGGAUGUACGGACACGGGAAUGGACUGCUUUCUAAUGACAUGUACUCUUUUGGUAUAAAACUCUUGAAGCUGGAAGGGGAAACAUCCAAUGAUGAAUUGAUGGAGAUAUUGGAUUCAGCAAUCAAAGUAAAUCCCAAAUUGUUAAGUGUUUGGGAGGAAAAGUUGCUUCUCAGUAAACCAAAUGAGAAAAAAAUGUUAUCUGUUUUGCAAGAGGCCACAAAAGGAUUGAGAGCCAACGACUUACUACAACUGUACAAUGUAAUGUUAGAUAAUGUGGAAUCUGAUGUCACUCUCAAGAACAUGUAUCAAAAGUUCCUGAACUGUGAAAAUGCUGUUUUGUUAGGGAUCAAACCUAAACUCCUUCAGAAAAUGUAUGAGCACAAUGGUAUAAAGGCCGCAAGGGAACUGUAUGAUGAAUUCAUAAGGACUCCACCAAUACAAAUUGAUGUUCAUAAUAAUAUGAUUGAAAUAGAAUUGGCUCAGAAGGUUAAUGUGAAGAAUAUUAAGAAGUAUUAUGAAUGUGCUAUUCAACAUCAUGGUGCUGACAAUGUUGAUGUUUGGAUGAAGUACUUGGCCUUUGAAACAGCACACAAUGCUCAAGCAGCACCCAUCAUCUACAGAAGAGCUAUAAGCACACUGAAAAAAGAACUAGUUGAUGAAUUCAUCAAAGCUCAGACAUUAAUGAAAAUAAAAUAAUUUUGUAUUUUUAUUA